GCACUGUGGAUUCAAACUGUGUUUCCUCAUUUACAGUGGCGGUGCUGCUCCUUCAGUCUCUGUCAGGUUUCUACCAGCUGAAGUGAAUCAGAGGUGCACUAGGACCCGUCUCAAUAGGUCCGGCAGCACUUGAACGCAGCACCGGCAGCGCGUGGCCCCCGCCCUGCUGCGUCUGUCAGUGUGCACGAGCCACAGAGACUCACCGGCUCACAGUUACCGGGCUGUGUUUGUGUCAUUGUGUCACAGCUGCUGCAGGACUCACUUAGUUAUACAAAAUAAUAAUCAGAAUUUAAAAGGCACGAGACAGUUAAGGGUUUAAUUGAUUAAUUAAUUAAUGACCAGGUUGUUAUUUCUAGUAUUUUAUUAGUAUUUUCUCUUUUUUACUGAAACUGUUACAGAUUUAUUUUAUUUUAUUAUUUCUUAUCUAUAAAUUAAGAGAGGUGAUUUUCCAGAGCAGCGUUAACUCCCGGUGUGAUGGCCGCUAACCGGGUGGGCCGGCGGGUGAACCGGGUCUGCAGCAGCCAGUCACCGAGCCGCACCGGCGGCGGGCGGGAGCCGCGCAGGAACGCACGAGUCACCGUGAAAUACAACCGCAAAGAGCUGCAGAGAAGACUGGAUGUAGAGAAAUGGAUAGACUGCGGUCUGGACGGGCUGUACCGGGGCAGGGAGGAGGAGAUGCCAGAGGAGGUGAACAUCGAUGAUCUUCUGGACCUGAAGACGACUGAGGAGAGACGACAGAGACUGCAGGAGAUUCUUCACUCCUGUAACAACAACACAGAGGUCUUCAUCAAUGACUUACUUGUAAAACUCGAGGGUUUACAGAAGCAGGAGGAUCUGCACAACGAUGGCAUCGACCUCCCUCAGCUCCACAUCUACCCCACCCGCUCCGGAUCAGCCGACAGGGAGGUGCUGCACUGAGACAGCAACCUGCAACAUCUCCAACCGGAUGGGGCUGAACUAAAAAACAAACACACCUAAUGUCUGCAUCCAUCUAACCUGUCCUGAGGUUAUUCCCAACAUCAGUCACUAAGUUGAUCACUAAAGCCUCCACCUGUUCUCUGGACCUCAUGCCCACAGUCUUGGUCGUGGCAUGCCUACGUACCCUCGAUCCCAUCAAGGUGGACAUUGUCAACUCAAUGGCCACAGUCAUCCCUCUCCUCAAAAAGCCUCCCCAACUACCAGUCGAUCUCCAACCUUCAUUUUCUCUGCAAAAUCCUGGAAAGAGCAGUUGCCACCCAACUCUAUCAGCACAUGUCCAACCAUUAGCUCUUAAACUAGGCUUCAGAGUAACACCACAGCACAGAGACCUUCAUCAAGAUCACCAGUGACCUCCUCAUCGCUGCCGAUUCUGGCCGCAUCAGUAUUCGUGUCCUCCUGGACCUCUCUGCAGUCUCCAACAACAUCCUCCUCAAACACUUAUCCAACUACUCAGGCCUCACUGGUUCAUAUCUCUCCUGCUUAGACACCCAGAGAGUCAUAUCUCACCAUCAGAGACUCCAGUUCCACCCUGGUCCCAGUUAGGUGUACCCCAAGGUUCUGUGCUUCAACCUUUCCUCUUUAAUCUACAUGCUCCACCUUGGUAAAAUAAUCUGCUAUCUUGUUCCAAGCUUCCACUGCUGUGCCGAUGACACACCGCUGUAUCUCAGCACUAAACCAUCCACUCAGCUUCCUCCACAGUCCUUAAUGAACUGCCUAAACAAAAUAAAAAUCUGGAUGUCAUCCAAUCUUCAAGGUUCAAUAGCAACAAAAUAGAACUCGUGCAGCUUGUGUGCUGCUCCAGAAGGUCUGAGAUUUUGUCCUGCUACAUCUGCUCAAUCCAAGUCCUCAACCUGGAUGUCAUUCUGGACUCCACCCUCUUACUCCAGUCACGCAUCAAAUCCAUCACCAAAAUCCACCUUCUACCACCUCAAAAACAUCCCAGACUUUGUGGCAGAGACCCUCAUCCAUGCUUUCUAAUAACUCAGCCCUGGUAGCACAUCACCCCCAUCCUCAUCCACCUUCACUGGCUCCUUGGUCAAGUCCUGCAUCUCCUUCAAAUUCCUCCUCCUCACCUACAAAUCCUAUCAGACCUCCUCCACCCCAUAACCUGAACUUUCUGCCGACAUAGAUCCACAAUCCUGGAUCUUUUUUUAAAAAACUCCUGAAAUUGUACCUGUUCAACCGAGGUCUAUCUACUUAAUUCUGUCAUUCUCCAACAAUCUUUGCUGUUAUUAUUUAUUUUCUUUUUUUUGUUUUGUCUGCUUCAGUAUGUGUAAAGCGUGCUUGGGUCUCUUGAAAGGCGCUAUAUGAAUCAAAGUUAUUAUUAUCACUCCACCCAAAUAUUAUGGCGCUUUUCUACUACACAGUUCUAGCACGACUCGACUCGACUCGUUUUUUCUGCGUCUCCAUCAGGGAUAGUACCUGGUACCUGGUGCUUUUUUAGUAUCUGCUCUGUUGAGGUUCCAAGCCAGCCGAGCCGAUACUAAAUGUGACGUCAUCAGACUGCCGGCCACUGAUUGGUUUAAAUACCAACAACAGCGUUACAGUGAUUCGUUUCUCUUCUCUUGCUUUGUGUGAGACAGAAAGCCUCAUACAGCAGCAAGUACACCAUCGCCUCCAUGUCCUCCAUUGUUUAUGUGUUUGUGUCGCUAUGACGACCCCGCCCACGUUGAGGAGGAACUAUAGUAAUGGAAAAGAUUCCUGGUACCAAACCGAGUCGAGUCAAGCCGAGUAGUGCUAGAACUGUAUAGUGGAAAAGCGCCAUU